AUGAGGACGAUCGUUUCGCGUUUGAUCCGAUUCAAAUCGUCUAAUGCUCGGUCACGUGGCGGGAGGUAUCUCUCUACAGACUCUAACAAAAUCGAUGAGCCUUUUAAUGUGGAAGAAGCAGAGACUGUUCAUGUGCCUCCACCUCCAACAGAGAAGUUACUUGUCCUGGGUGGAAAUGGCUUUGUGGGAUCACAUGUGUGUAAAGAAGCUUUAGAUCGUGGCUUGUCUGUCUCUAGCCUUAGCAGAUCAGGGAAGUCUUCUUUACAAGAGCCUUGGGCUACUAGAGUAACAUGGCAUCAAGGAAACCUUCUAUCAUCUGAUUUGUUGAAGGAUGCUCUAGAUGGAGUGACUUCUGUGAUAUCUUGUGUUGGUGGUUUUGGUUCAAACUCGUAUAUGUACAAGAUUAACGGGACUGCAAACAUCAACGCAAUUAGAGCUGCCUCAGAGAAAGGUGUGAAAAGAUUUGUCUAUAUUUCUGCUGCUGAUUUCGGACUUGCAAACUACUUGUUGAGCGGGUACUAUGAGGGAAAGCGAGCGGCUGAGACCGAGCUGCUCACAAGAUUUACUUAUGGAGGGAUAAUAUUGCGGCCUGGUUUUAUAUAUGGAACUCGCAACGUUGGGAACAUGAAGAUCCCAUUGGGAGUCUUUGGUUCACCCAUGGAGAUGGUGCUUCAGCAAGCAAAACCGCUGAACCAGCUCCCGUUAGUCGGACCUUUGUUCACACCUCCGGUGAAUGUUGAAUCGGUUGCAAAAGUUUCUGUCAGAGCAGCUACAGAUCCUGUCUUCCCUCCUGGGAUUGUGGAUGUUCAUGGAAUACAACGUUACAGCCAACAGAAAUCGAGAUAA